AUGUCGGACAACCCUGUGGUGGUUCUGAUCAGCGGCGUCAGCAGAGGUAUUGGUAGAGGAUUUGCCGAGGCUUAUCUCUCCCGGCCGAAUCACACGGUCAUUGGCAGCAUUCGGGAUGAUGCCAGCCCAGAAGUGGCCGAGCUGAGGGCCUUUGAGCCUGCAGAAGGCUCAAAACUGAUUUUGAUUCAUAUUGAGAGCACCGAACCAGAAGAUGCAGCCAAAGCUAUCAAGGGGAUCAAGGCCACGGGCAUCCGGUACAUUGAUAUUGCCAUUGCUAAUGCUGGAGGCUCACCACCUAUCCAGUCAAUGGACAGUGUUAGUGCCAGCAGCAUGGUCGCUGCAUUCGAGGUCAAUGCCGUCGGGCCGCUGCUUCUCUUCCAGGCAUGCAAAUCGUUGCUCAAGGCGUCGAAAAGAAAACCCAAGUGGGUAUCGAUAUCUACCGGAGGCGGCUCAAUCAGUCUAAUCGGCGAGAUCCGUUCAUACAUUGGUCCGGCGUAUGGUGCUUCCAAGGCGGCACUGAAUUGGCUUACGGCGGCCUUUCACCAUGAAAACGACUGGCUCAUCUCUGUAGCCUUGCAUCCAGGGCUAGUCCAAACUGCUCCGGGCAACUGGCUGGCGCGCAAAUUUGGGAUGGAGCGAGCACCAUAUACCAUUGAGUAUAGUGUCAAGCAGAUGAUGAAAAUAAUCGACGAGGCGAGCAAGGAACAGACCUCUGGAAAAUUCAUCCGGGCAGUAGGUGGCGGAGAAAUGAACUGGUAG